AUGAUGAACCAGAUGCUUCAUCUUGACAUAAAUUCACAAAGAGGGAGUUGUAUGCCACUUGCUGCUAUGCGUAUUGGAACAAUGAUCCACAACAUUGAGGCCAACCCGGGUCAAGGUGGCAAGCUAGUUCGAGCUGCAGGAACUUGUGCAAAGAUCUUGAAAGAGCCGACGUCUAGAUACUGUUUAACUAAAAUGCCUUCAGGUGCUGAGAAGUUGAUUGAUUCACGGUGCCGGGCCACAAUUGGUAUGGUGUCAAACCCAAGCCAUAGGGCUCAAAAGCUUAGGAAGGCUGGGCAAAGCCGGUGGUUGGGACGAAGACCAGUAGUUCGAGGAGUGGCUAUGAAUCCAGUAGAUCAUCCUCAUGGUGGAGGUGAGGGUAGAAGCAAGAGUAGUGGGAAUCAUGGAAGGUGUUCUCUUACUCCUUGGGGCAAGCCAUGUAAGUCUGGGUACAAGACUGGACCCAUGAAGCGCAAAUAG